GCCGCAGCUCGGCCUUUCUUGCCUGGCUAUUUUCAGCUCUCGUAUAAUAGAGGCUUAAACGGUCUAGCUUAAGACGACAACGAUGGGAUGGAUUGGGACGGAUUGGGGCCUUCCGCCGGCUUCAUCAUCUCUUAAAAGCUGAAGCCGACCAUCCAUUCCCUGAUUUAGUCACUCUUUCCUUCUCAGUUUCUCUUCACCGGUCUCUCGUUCUUCUGUUUGCUGUCCUCUCUGGCUUCAACUGUCAGGUGGACGAGCCGACCGACGGUCCUUUCCGCCUCAUUUUCUUUCUUAUUCAGACACACACUCGCUUGCCACAAUGCCUCGCUUACCGUCUCUCGUUUCGCUUCUGUUGUUUUCGCGCUCCUUUCUUCCCGGUGUGUCGGCUGAAGGGACCGAGGUGGUGACAUGCGCGACAUCCACGCCCAAUCCCCUUGCAAAUCCGUCAUUUGAAAGUGGUAUCACCGGCUGGGGAUUUGCCUCGGGAACCACUGGCAAUGUUAUCUCAGGCGAUGCAGCUGACGGCUCUCUAUAUUGAGACGAGUGCGACCAGCACAUCGGUAACGGUCUUUCUAUAUCAGAGAAGUAGCUCGUUCAUUACGAAUGGCCAAUAUACCGGAUCAUUCCAAUAUCGCAUCAAGCCGACUUCCUCUCACGCCAGUAUGACUUGCUAUAUCAAGGCGUACAUUGACUCUUUCACCACCGCCGGCCUCGUCGGAAGUGCUACCGUGUCUGUCUCUUCAAGCACCGUUGGUUGGGAUACCCUCUCGUUCAGCUAUACUCCUACCACCGCCGGAACACACACCUUUGAGAUCUAUGGCUAUUGUACCGGCGCCACCCAGUAUGCUGGAGCCGCUAUCGAUUUGGACAAUGUGCAAUUUGUUGGACCUGCGGUCACCUCAUGUUCGACCCAGACCAUCACGAUUACCCCUACGCAACUCCCAACAUCCACCGUGAUUCCAACCACCACUUCAAUUCAGACAUCCUCCUUGCAAGUGCCAUCUCCAUCUGUGCUCUCAUCGUCGAUGGUUACUUCCCCCACGCCAUCGGCUGUGACACCAGUGGUGAUUACCAGCAGCAGCACACCCUCGUCGCAGGUCUCUGUGAUUGUGCCUUCUCUUAGCACUGCUUCUUCGCCCAGCGCUGCUGCUCCAUCUAGUGCUGCUAUUCCGAGAAUCAGCUCUUCAUCCGCCGCCGUCAGCUCUCUGACUCAACGUCCUUCUACCCCUGCCGCCUCUCCUUUCUCGACUAUUGCAGUCUCGGUUCCUUCUUCAAGCGGAGCAGUGACUCUGUCUGUUUCUUCGUCCCCUGUGUCUGCAUUGACCUCUCAGAUUGCUGUUUCUGCACCCAGCUCUGUGGCUGUUAUUUCCCCAGUCUCUUCCGCUUCUCCAGUCAUUCCUUCUUCAUCCGUUGCAGUUAUUGCAUCUUCCAGCAGCGGUGUCGUCGCUUCUGGCGCUCCCUCCACAAGAAGAACAAUCUACGUCACUGAGACUAUGACCGUCUCGGAAACAAUUUGCUCCACAAGAGCGUCUCAAACUCAACCAACUGCCAUCGUGACAACCACUGGAACUUCUGACCAAGGCGGCUCGAGCGGAACCGAGGGCGGAAGCACUACAUCAACCAUUCUCAGCACUCGCACUGCAACCAUCACCGCUUGCCCAUCGAGUGUGUCGGACUGUCCUGCCUCUGCAAAGAGUACUUUUGUGACAACCGAGACUUUGGUGGUCUCUACAACUAUCUGCCCUGUCACAAUGACCCAGACUCAACCUACCACUGGUGCCUCGCUUACAGGAGGAUCCAACACCGGUCUGCCCGGCGGUGAAAACGGCCGAAGCACUACCUCGACUGUCUUCAGUACUCGUACUGCCACCAUCACGGCGUGCCCUUCCACCGUCCCCAACUGCCCCGCUUCCGCAAAGAGCACCUUUGUUACUACCGAGACUCUGGUCGUCUCAACGACUGUGUGCCCCGUGACUGCUUCUGCCACGGCCCAUGGCACUAGUGGUGUUUCCACAGCCACAGCCCUUCCGACAGCCAGCAAUGGAUCGACUUCUGGCUCCAGUGCGGCUUCUGGCUCCUCAUCUGGGCCUGGCGUUGUCUCGGGCUCGGGCUCUACUACUGGCUCCAACUCUGGGUCCGAUUUGGGUGUUUCUUCUGACACUGGUACUAGCAAGCCUAGUGGUUCUAAUGCUGGUUCCUCUACUGGCUCUUCUGCCGGAACCAGCUCCGGCUCCGGCGCCACCUCUGGUAACAGCACCGCUGGCACUAGCUCUGGCAGCAGCUCUUCUAUCGGCUCUACCUCUGGUAAUAGCUCUGCUGGCACUAGCUCCGGCAGUGGCUCUGCUUCCACCGGCUCUAGCUCUGGCAAUGGUUCUUCUGCUGGCUCCAGCUCGGGCAAUGGCUCUGCUUCCACCGGCUCUAGCUCCGACAGUGGCUCUUCUUCCGCCGGCUCCAGCUCUGGCAAUGGUUCUUCUGCUGGCUCUAGCUCCGGCAGUGGCUCUGCUUCCGCCAGCUCUAGCUCUGGCAAUGGCUCGCCUGCUGGCUCUAGCUCCGGCAGUGGCUCUGCUUCCGCCAGCUCUAGCUCUGGCAAUGGCUCGCCUGCUGGCUCUAGCUCCGGCUCUGUCUCCAGCUCUACCUCUGGUAGCAGCUCCACUACUGGCUCCAGCUCGGGCAAUGGCUCUGCUUCCACCGGCUCAAGCUCCGGCAGUGGCUCUUCUUCCACCAGCUCUAGCUUCGGCAAUGGCUCUGCUUCCGCCGGCUCUAGCUCUGGCAAUGGUUCUUCCGCCGGCUCUAGCUCUGGUAGUGGCUCUUCCGCCGGCUCUGGCAAUGGCUCUUCUGCCGGUUCUAGCUCUGGCUCUACCUCUACCACCGGCUCCGAUAAUGAAUCUGCUUCCGGUGCUAGUGCUGCUUCUAAUUCUGGUUCUGCCUCUGGCAAUGGCUCUUCUUCCGGUGCUAGUACUACCUCUGGAUCUGCCUCUGGAUCUGCCUCUGGAUCUGCCUCUGGAUCUGCCUCUGGAUCUGCCUCUGGAUCUAGCUCUGAUACUGCUCCUGUCACUGUCAGUGGUGUCUCGCCAGUGUCUGAGUCUGGAGACCAUACUGGAAGUGAAUCUGAGCAGGAGGGAACCACCUACAAGGCACCUAGCUCAGCUAACUCUCAGACCAUUGGUGCUGCUGGGGGCAAGAACAUUUCUGCUCCUGCCUCGUCUAGUACUGGCUUCCAAAGGAUCUACAGCAGCACCCCGACGGCUGCGUCUUCCACUGCUCAGGUGACCGCAGUCUCAACGGCGUCUAGUGCAGCUGGUGCUCUUUUCACCGGUGCGGCUUCCGCCAUGCACAUGACAAAUGGGCAAAUGAUUGGAUCCCUUGCCGGUGGCUUGGUCUCUAUGCUCCUCAUGUUUGUCUAAGGAGCACGCCACUAUGUAGCCCAGACACUUUUAUCAGUAACUGGCUCUCCGAGACCAGACACCUUUGCCUGUCAUCGUCUGCUUGUUCAUACUUACUAUAAUAAUCUUUGUACAAAGAUGAAUGUAUAUUCAUGUUAUGAAAUAAUAUCUCCUAAUGAAGCGAU